AUGAGUUCUAAUGAUGAUCAAACAAAUCUUUCUCCUCAACCUGGAAUAUUAUCAUCACCUCAUAUAAAUCCUCAAUAUCCAAAUUUAACUGAUCUCGAUGAUAUUGACGAUGAUGAUGAAGGCAUUGAUGAUGAAUGUCUUGAUUCUAUUGAUGAAAUUCAACAUAUUCUUCAAACAUUUGGUACAAAUGAUUCAUCAACAUUAACUAUUGAUUAUUUUGAUUCACGUCGUUAUGCUAUUAUGUAUGAAAUUAUGAAUGUUGAAAAACAAUUUGAACAAUUAAAAAAUAUUUUAUAUGAUGAAAGUGUUUCAUUAAUUGAUCAAAAAUUACUUUCAAUACAAAAUGAAGAAGCACCCGAAUAUCAAGAAGAAUUAAAAAAACUUUAUGAUGAUAUGCAAUUACGUUUAGAAAUUGCUAAACAACGACGUCAUAUUGAAUUAGAAUCAUUAGAAAAUUCUUAUCAAGCUGAAUUAUUAAGUUUACAACAAACAUUAGAAAAUGAUAAAUUUCUUUUACAUCAUCAAAUGUAUGAAGAUAUUCAACGGAAAAUCGAUGAACUUGAAACAUUAAAAAGUAAAACACAAUUGUGUUCAAAUAUUUUACAAGAAAUGUUUUCACAUAACCAACAACAAUUAAUAUCACCGAAUAAAAAACGUUUUGAAUCACCUGAAUCAUUAAAAGAAAAUAAAAAACAACGUAAAACAAAUUUAUUUAAUGGAUCAAUCAAAACAAUUGAUAAAGAUAAUUUAGCUAUUUUUUAUCAGUUAUCAGAUAUUGAUAUUAUUGAAGAUUGGGCACUUAUACAAUCAUCAUUACAUGGAAGUAAUCAUGAUCAUAAUAAUGGUGAUGAAGAUAAUAAUGAUAUUGAUGAUGAUGAUGAUGAUGACGAUGAUGAUGCUAAUAAUAAUCAAAUGAAUGUAAAUUGUUUUAAACAAGAACAAUUUGAUUAUGAUGAAAAUCGUGUUUAG